AGCAGAGAAGAGCGUGUCGUGGUGACAGUUCGGACCCGUUAUUUGAAGCUUGAAUCAAUCUUCCCAGUCGAAUUUGCAGCGGAGCUAUAUUACCGCCGCAACCACAUGCGGUCUUGCAGUGCCCAUGAACAGGAUCUAGAAGUCAUGAGAUGUAGAAGUCAUUAAAUAAUGAGAGUCGCUACGAGUACCGCGAUGAAACCACCGCAGGGCCGGGGUCGUGGUCAUCUAACCGUAAGAACCCCCGUCGUCCGAUAUCGCGGGCGGCUCGGAGCAGUUGAAAAGGGGUCUUUGUGAACAUCAAGCUUUGCAGCAGCUGCCGGCGGUGCUGGUUUUUUCACCGAUUGUUCACCGAUGAUCUUUUCGAAAAAGCUUUCGCAGACCUACUGUUUCUGGGCACGAGCGGCGGAGGUGGCGAUCUUGGUGCUGUUACUCGACCAAAUCCCCCAGUACGAGAGCGUUUGCGCCAUGAUGUCCCGCGCUUGUUGGGGCGUCAGCGCCUCCCUGACCUAUCAUUUAAUCUUUUUCCUGCUGCCCUGGCGAGGUAACUUCAAGUACGUGCGGAGCGCGCUGGCCGUGGUCCGGCCCUGGGCCUGCUUUUCGCUGCUGCUCGGCGCGUUCUCCGGGGCGCUGAGCACCUACUACUGCUUCUUCGGUGGGUGCCCGAUCCUGCGCGACAUCUGCUUCCUGGGCGCCGUGCCCUGUCUCCUGUAUGCGCUCGCCUGGUGGCAUGGCGAGUCGGGCACGUGCGAUCUGUACCCAGAGACGAGGAGGCGGGUCGCGACCGCGUGACGGGACCCGUGGCGCGUGGAGCAUGUAGUACUCCGACAUCAUUCCAGGGAACCGGCGAGGACACCCUACUCACGUGAUGAAGAGCCCACGUAUUUCAAUGUAAUUGUAAAUUGAACCUGCUGUAGUUCUUGCGAAGGAAGACGAGCCAACCAAUGAGAACAAAGCAAAAUCACAACAGAAGAGAUAAAAGUGCGUUCGCAAUUAAAAUGACCAGAGCACAGCCCGCCCUGUGUUUCAACUGCAACAAGUAAGGACAAGUACUUAGACCACUCGACAUGAUUCUGACGUUUCUUCAAAAGGUUUAGUCUUUGUCUUUGUUCGUAGCAGACUCAAGAGCCGAACGUGAGAAAAACAGUAGCACACCGGAUUGUGAGUAGUGAUUGUAGAAGAGCAGACAUUGAAUUUGAAACAAGCAGAAAGUACUAC